GGGAGCCGGAGGAUGUGCGCGCGUCCGGCCGGCGCCCGCUCCAUUGUCUGCAGCCCGGGACUGGGCGGCGGGUGGCGGGGGGCGCGAGGAGGAGCGCGAGCCUCCCCCCCCCACCGCACCUAUGGGCGACCGCACGGCAUGAUCCCAGGGGCAUGGGCAGGUCGCUGAGUGCCCAGCAUGGUGCAGCGAGGCCAGCGGGGCGCCGAGGCCGAGCCCGGGCCCGGGCCGGGCGACAAGAAGCUGCGGGUGGGGUUCGUGGGCAUCGACGGCGCGGCCGAUGGUCCGGCGGGCGGCCCCGGCCCCGACCCCUCCUGCACCCGGGACGGGGCACUGUUGAUCGCGGGUGCCGAGGGCGGCGGGGUCCUGGGCAAACCGCGUUCCGGCGGCGCCAAGCGGCCCAGGAGGAAGGCGGCGUAUCGGAAGCUGCAGAACUUCAUGUACAACGUGUUGGAGCGGCCGCGGGGCUGGGCCUUUAUCUACCACGCCUAUGUUUUUUUACUCGUCUUCUCCUGCCUGGUUCUGUCUGUAUUCUCCACCAUCAAGGAAUACGAGAAAGGUUCUGAAGGAGCACUCUAUAUUCUGGAGAUAGUCACGAUUGUGGUGUUCGGUGUGGAGUACAUCGUGCGGGUCUGGUCUGCAGGAUGUUGCUGUCGAUACAGAGGAUGGAGAGGCCGGCUGAAAUUUGCAAGGAAACCGUUCUGUGUGAUCGAUGUGAUGGUUCUGGUGGCCUCCAUCGCCGUGCUCGCGGCCGGCACUCAGGGCAACGUCUUCGCCACCUCAGCACUGAGGAGCCUGAGGUUCCUGCAGAUCCUACGCAUGAUCCGCAUGGAUCGCCGGGGAGGUACCUGGAAGCUGUUGGGAUCUGUGGUCUACGCACACAGCAAGGAGCUGAUUACUGCCUGGUACAUCGGCUUCCUCUGUCUCAUCCUUGCCUCCUUCCUCGUCUUCCUUGCUGAGAAAGAUGACAACAAGGAAUUUGCAACCUAUGCUGAUGCUCUGUGGUGGGGGUUGAUCACUCUGACCACCAUCGGAUACGGCGAUAAAUUUCCCAUCACCUGGAACGGUCGGCUCCUGGCUGCGACUUUCACUCUGAUUGGAGUCUCCUUCUUCGCCCUACCAGCAGGAAUCCUUGGUUCUGGAUUUGCCCUGAAGGUUCAGGAACAACAUCGGCAGAAACACUUUGAGAAACGACGGAAUCCGGCAGCGGGGCUCAUCCAGGCCGCUUGGCGCUAUUACUCCACCAGCCUGUGCAGGACUGAUCUCCAUGCCACCUGGCAGUGCUUUGAGCAGACUCUAACUGUUCCAAUGUACAGGUUGAUUCCUCCUCUCAACCAGCUGGACCUGCUGCGUAACCUCAAGAGCAAAUCGGGACUGACCUUCAGGAAGGAGAAUGUCGAGAGUACGCCAAGUAAACACAAACCCCGGCGUGAUUCCAUGUGUGGAAUGUGCUGCUCAGGAGACCCUAGCAACAAGGUCAGCCUGAGGGAGAGAUUCUCCAGCCCCAAGGGUCCCAGUGCCAAAGCCAAAGCCUCAGAGCAGGGAGGCGUGAGGCGAUCACCCAGUGCAGACAACAUCGAGGAGAGUCCUGACAAGGUUCAGAAGAGCUGGAGCUUCACCGACCGGACCCGCUUCAGGCAGGCCUUCCGGCUGAGGGGAGCGGGCUCGAGGCAGAACUCUGAGGACCAAGGAAGCCUGCCUGAGGAGCUCAUCCCAGACAACAGGAGCUGCCAGUGUGAGUUUGUCACUGAUGACCUCACCCCUGGGCUGAAAGUUUCUAUCAGAGCGUUAUGCAUUAUGCGAUUCCUUGUUUCCAAGCGGAAGUUCAAGGAGAGCCUGCGGCCUUACGACGUGAUGGAUGUGAUCGAGCAGUACUCCGCCGGGCACUUGGACAUGUUGUCUAGGAUUAAAAACCUGCAGUCGAGGAUAGAUAUGAUUGUGGGCCCCCCACCCCCUUCAACUCCCCGGCAUAAGAAGCUUAAAGGAGUCCUCACCACCUCCAAAGAUUCAAUCCAAUACUCUCCUAGAGUCGACCAAAUCGUCGGCCGAGGUCCCCAGAUUCAGGAGAAAGACCGCUCCAAGAUUCCAGCGGACACAGAGGUUCCAGAAGAUCCCAGUAUGAUGGGGCGGCUGGGCAAGAUGGAACGACAGGUUCACUCCAUGGAGAAGAAGCUAGACUUCCUAGUCAACAUCUACAUGCAGCAGAUGGGAAUCCCACAGUCGGAGAGCCAGGCUUACUUCAUCUCCAAAGAGCCGGACCCGGCGCCGCCCUACCACAGCCCGGUGGACAACGUGGAGCUCCUCGAGAAGAACACCAACGUCAACAAGAGUGGCUGCCCGUGCGCUACGCUCAGGCCCUUCCCCGGGCACACGGGGACAACACUAGCGCCCCAGGGCUGCCCGCCGUCAGCCUCCUCUCACCAACAUUCGGCCAACGGCCUCAGCCGUCACAGCCAUGGCACGUUGACCUUUGUCAGCUCGCCUGUGGGCGAUGGCACGGCCUUCAUCAGGAUCCCACCUCCGCCCUCCACCUCCCACGAUCGGAUGUCCAGCCACGGGGGGCCAGGCAGGGAGCACGGGAGAUAUGAGGAAUACGCCUGCAAGCGGCCAGAUGGGGCACUGAGAGAGAGGGACAGCGACACAUCCAUCUCCAUCCCCUCGGUGGACCAUGAGGAGCUGGAGCGCUCCUACAGCGGCUUCAGCAUCUCGCAGUCCAAGGAUAACUUGGAGAGCGCUGGCCAGGGCCCUUACCCUGGCGUCAGCCCCUGGGCCAAGACCAGGCUGUACAUCGCUGAAGGGGAGAGCGACACGGACUCGGAAGCAUGCACCCCCUCCGGACCCCCGAGAGGAGCCUUGUUCUAUACAGUGACGGUGGAGACGGUGCCUACGCCAGCAGUGUAUGAAGCAGUUCCGCACGUUGCUACACAGUUGGGGAAACUGGUUGCAUUCAUGAGCGGGGGAGGCAGGCGGCUGAAGGAGUGGGAUGUGGGGGUAUCUCUACCCCUGGUGAAUGACAUUGAGAGUGUUUGCCGCUGUAUAUUAUCCAGGACAACCUGGUUAGAUGACGUUUGACUGUAUGCGAGUUUGACCGCGUUUGUAAAGAUUCCACGAAUUAUAUAUUAUUAAAUAAAGGACAUGCAC